UUUGCGCUGUCCGGCUUUGUCCCGCGUCUCCGGAGUUUUAUUCUUUUUUUUAUCGUGAUGGUUUUUUCUGUACGUUUGUCUCUGAUUUGGCUGCUUCUGCUGGGCACUUCCAUUGACGUCAUUCUGGCCAAGCGUUUGGAUCGUAAACUGUCCGACAAUCGAAUUGUGGGUGGCCAGGAGGCGGAGGACGGGGUGGCACCUUAUCAGGUAUCCAUCCAGACCACCUGGAGAACCCACAUCUGUAGCGGAGUCAUCUUGAACGAAGAAUGGAUAUUAACGGCGGGUCAUUGUGCACUGGAUUUCAGCAUCGAAGAUCUGCGGAUUAUUGUGGGUACCAACGAUCGCCUCGAUCCUGGACAGACUUUGUUUCCGGAUGAGGCUUUGGUCCACUGUUUGUACGAUGUUCCCUACGUCUACAACAACGAUAUAGCCUUGAUUCAUGUGAACGAGUCGAUUGUGUUCAAUGAUCGCACUCAGAUCGUGGAGUUGAGUAGACAGCAACCUCCGUCAGGUUCUAUUGUCACCUUGACGGGUUGGGGAGCUCCGGAAAGUAGUUAUCCCACGGUUCAGUAUCUGCAGACCAUCAAUCUGACCAUCAUCGAUCACGAAGAGUGCCGGGAGAGAUGGGACUACCACGAUGGCAUCGACAUCGGUCACAUCUGCACUUUUACGCGGGAGGGUGAAGGAGCCUGUUCCGGGGAUUCGGGAGGUCCUUUGAUGUGGGAAGGCAAACUGGUGGGAUUGGUCAAUUGGGGCAGAGCCUGCGGCGUGGGUAUGCCAGACAUGUACGCCAACACAGUUUACUACCAGGAUUGGAUCCGAAGAACUCGUACGGGAUGCAAAAAUCGUGUUACAUAAAAAAGGGAUCAAAAUAUAUGGAUCCUAAUCAGUAUUGUUAUGAUGUGUAUUAGGAUGAAAAUGUGAAAUAUAUAUUUAUUGAUCAACACAA